UAGGCGGCGGAAAGAGCUGGCCGCUGGGGGGGCGGGGCAAGAUGGCGGCGGUGCUGGAGGUAGAGGUUGGCGGCCCCGUCGAGCGCGAUGUGGAGGAGGUUGACCUCUCGCACUUGUCCCCAGAGGAGAGAUGGAGGGUGGAGCAUGCACGGAUGCACGCCAAGCACCGCGGGCACGAGGCAAUGCAUGCCGAAAUGGUCCUCAUCCUUAUCGCCACACUGGUGGUGGCACAGCUCCUCUUGGUUCAGUGGAAGCAGCGGCACCCUCGCUCCUACAAUAUGGUGACCCUCUUCCAGAUGUGGGUAGUGCCUCUGUAUUUCACGAUCAAGCUGUACUGGUGGCGGUUCCUGGUGAUCUGGGUGCUCUUCUCAGCAGUCACAGCUUUUGUCACCUUCAGGGCAACUCGAAAGCCUCUGGUACAGACAACACCCAGGCUGGUUUAUAAAUGGUUUCUGCUAAUAUACAAGAUCAGCUAUGCAACUGGUAUUGUGGGGUACAUGGCUGUCAUGUUUACACUCUUUGGUCUUAACUUAUUAUUCAGAAUCAAACCAGAAGAUGCAAUGGACUUUGGCAUCUCCCUCCUCUUCUAUGGUCUUUACUACGGAGUGCUGGAGCGGGACUUUGCUGAGAUGUGUGCAGAUUACAUGGCCUCAACCAUUGGGUUCUACAGCGCCUCGGGAAUGCCCACCAAGCACCUCUCCGACAGCGUCUGCGCUGUCUGUGGCCAGCAGAUCUUUGUGGACGUCAACGAGGAGGGGAUCAUUGAGAACACUUACCGCCUCUCCUGCAACCACGUGUUUCAUGAGUUCUGCAUCCGUGGCUGGUGCAUUGUUGGGAAGAAGCAGACGUGUCCGUACUGCAAAGAGAAGGUGGAUCUCAAGAGGAUGUUCAGUAAUCCCUGGGAGAGGCCUCACGUAAUGUAUGGGCAGCUGCUGGACUGGCUGCGCUACCUGGUGGCCUGGCAGCCAGUGAUCAUUGGACUGGUCCAGGGAAUCAACUACAUCCUGGGGCUGGAGUAAGCGCAGGCGGUGGGGAGCCGCAGAACCAUGAGAGGACACGUACCUAGGGCUGGGGACAGUUGCCACCGGAGAUGCUGGCUUUGCUCCAUCACCUCUCAGGACCUCGGCCACCCCUGAGGACAGCGGCAUUAGGGCCCCUCCUGCCAGGGCUGAGGGAGGAUUUUUUUAAAAAGCAAUUAUUUUAA